AUGUUCAGGCAGGCGGAGACGGCAAAGAGGCGUAUGGCUCUGCAGCCCUGCGGGCGGGUGAGGGGCGUGGAGGUGGCGCGGGGGAGGGCUGGGUACGGUUUCACCCUGUCCGGCCAGGCCCCGUGCGUGUUGAGCUGUGUGCUGAAGGGCAGCCCCGCCGACUACGUUGGGCUGCGGGCGGGGGACCAGAUCCUGAGCGUCAACGACACCAACGUUUCCAAGGCUUCACACGAGGACGUGGUGAAGCUCAUCGGCCGGUGCUCGGGGGUGCUGCACCUGGUGAUCGCCGAGGGCAGCGGCCACCUGGACUCGUGCUCGAGCGACGAGGAGCUCGGGCUCCACGACGCCAAGAGCCACUGGCUCAAGCCCAAGAUGGACUCCAAAACGCUGGGGAUCAACCGGGCGGAGCGGGUCGUGGCGGAAAUGCAGUCGGGCGGCAUUUUUAACAUGAUCUUCGAGAAUUCCAGCCACUCCUCCAGCAGCUCGGAGAAAGCGGCCGCCGUGAAGCCGAGGCCGCUGUCGGAGCCCGACUUCUACAGGGCCAGGAACAGCAGCGCGCGCAGCAACCCCGACCUGCUGUCGGAGGAAGAGAUGACCAAAGUUCUGCACGACGACUCCGUGUUCGUGGACGUGUUUGAAACCCAGGACGAUUUUACGAUGGACGCCAGCAUCCUGAACGUGGGGAUGAUCGUGGGCUACCUGGGCUCGAUCGAGCUGGCCUCCACCAGCGCCAACCUGGAGAACGACAGCCUGCAGGCCAUCCGCGGCUGCAUGAGGCGCCUGAGGGCGGAGCAGAAGAUCCACUCGCUGGUGAUGAUGAAGAUAAUGCACGACUCCGUUCGGCUCUGCAACGACAAGGGCGCCGUCCUCGCCACCUACCCCGCCGAGAAGCUGGCGUUCAGCGCCGUGUGCCCGGACGACAGGAGGUUCUUCGGUCUGGUCACCAUGCAGGUUACGGAUGACCGCAGCCGGGCCAAAGAAGAGGAGGGCGGUCUGAGGACCUCCUGCCACGUCUUCAUCGUGGACCCCGAGCUCUGUCACCACAAGGUCCACCAGGGCAUCGCCCGGCGCUUUAGUUUCGAGUGCACCCCCGACCCGGACACGAACGGCUGUCUGGAGUUCCCCCCGACGUCACAGCCGUUGCUACAGUUCGUGUCUGUGCUCUACCGCGACAUGGGGGAGUCCAUCGAAGGGAUGAGAGCCAGGGCUUUCCUGGACGGGGACAUGGACGCCCAGCAGAACAACAGCACCAGCAGCAACAGCGACAGCGGCAUCGGGAACUUCCUCCCCGAGGAGAAGAGCAACAGGGUCCUGCUGGUCGACCUGGGGAGCAACCCCGCCCGGCACAUUCCCAACGGCCUGUGGGAAAACCCCCAGGCCAGGAACCCCGGGCAGGCCCCGCCCCACCGCAACGGCUACCGCUACGAGCAGGAGGGGAAGUACCACCUCUCGGAGCUGCCCCACCCCGAUCCCCCGCAGCUCAUUGGCAGGCAUCUGGGUGCCUCUGCCAGGAUGGAGCCCCCUGCCCCGCCCCCCCGGACGCACUACCCUCACGGCAAGAAGGCGGGCGUGGGCGGGGCCGGGGCCGCCCACGGCGGAGGGCAGCGCUGGCUCCCGGUGCACGUCCUGCGAGACUGGCGGCACGGCCGCAGCAGCGACCAGGAGUCCUACGCCGAGUCCACCGACGGCUGGUCCAGCGCCAACUGCAGCACCCUGCCUCCCCCCAUGAGCAAGAUCCCCGCCGACAGAUACCGGGCGGCGGGGGAGAUAGCCCAGCCCUCCAGGCUCAGCUCUCAGAAGGACGAGUGGGCCAAGAAGCUGUUCGGAGCCGACAAGGCGUUCAGAGAGCAGCUGAAUGGGAAACAGAGCAAAGACGGCGACAAGAAGGGCUCCAGGUUUCGGGGGAUCGCCGUGGGCUUCCCCCACCUGCCCCAGCGCGCCUCCGGGAGGCGGUCUUUCGGCCGCUCCAAACGCCUCAGUCUGGCCCGCUCCCUGGAUGACCUGGAGCGUGGCCGCUGA